AUGGCGGCUCCUCCCAUCCGCCCGCCCAUCGACCGCACAUCCACCACGCCCGUCCCCUCCAACCCGCACCACCACACCCACCAGGCGUCAUCAUCCCCCUCGUCGUCGUCCACCCUCCCGCCCGCACCUCACAAGCGCAUCCCGUCGUCCCUCUCGCGAUCAUCGAGGAUAGACUCGCUCGCCGCAGUCGCAAACCGAGGAGCACCGGCGGGAGGGACGGCGGCGACGGGCGAGGUGUCGCCGAGGAUGCUCACCUCGUCCCGCUCGCACUCGUCCCUCGCGAGCGCACACGCAGCUGCGAUGGCACCCCAAGGACGCGGGACUAAAGGCAAGGGCAAAGCCAAGGGCUACGGCGGGGGAGGGAACGAGUCCUACGUCGUCGAGUCGUCUCACUCGUCCACACGCUCGUCAACCUCGACCACCACCUCUGCAACCACGACCACCCGACCCGCACAAACUCGAUCGACCGUCACACGCGACAGGGACGGCUUCGUCGUCACCUCGCGCCCAAAGUACUGGCAACCGCCGCCCAACUCGCCCGGCCCACCCGCAAUCAUGGCCGCGAACCCGUUCUACCGCUCCUCGCCCUCCAGUUCGCGCGCCAACUCGCGCGCAAACUCGACCAACACGAGUGCGAACAACAGCGCUAGUUCGUCGAGGGCCAAUUCGCGCGAGAGGGCGCGUCGACAACAGCGCGAGUUGGCGGACAAGGCGAGGGCGGCCCUCCUCGCUGCUGGGGCGGUCUCGCCGCCGUUGGGGACGAGGAGGGGCUCGUCGCCUGCUGCGUUGACGGGCAUCGAUCCUGCCAAUGCGCCAAAGACGACCCUCCACCUCUCGAGCUCGAUCGACUCAAAGGGUCGGAGAAUGGUCAACCAGUAUGUCCGCCUCAAGACGAUCGGGCAGGGCAGUCACGGCAAGGUGUGGUUGUGCGCCGAGCCGAGCGUGCCGGAGGAAGGAGAGGACGACGAGGUCGAUAUCGACGAGGGCGAGGAGAAGGAAGAGUUGGCGGACGAGACGGAGCGCGCGGAGGGAACGAGUACCGGUCGGAGCAGGAGGAGACGGAAGCGGACGCCCUCGGAGCGCUGGGAAGCAGACAUCGAUGCGGGCCGAGUCAAGUACUGCGCGAUCAAGUCUGUCGCGCGCGAAGGACCCGGCGGGCCGAAAGGCAGUCGGUCUCUACGCCUCGCUGCGCAGUCCAAGACGAGCAAGAAGGCGUCGACGCAGGAAAGCGGCGGCAUUGGAGCGGACGACAAGGUCAAGCGCGAGGUGGCCAUCAUGAAGCGCCUCGACCACCCCAACAUCGUCCGCCUCAAGGAGGUCAUCGACGACGCCAAGAGCAAGAAGGUGUUCAUGGUUCUCGAGUUCAUGGCCGGCGGACAGAUCGUCUGGCAGGACGACAACAAGCAGCCGACGAUGACGGUCGACGAGGCGCGACGAACCUUUCGCGAUGUCGUUCUUGGCCUCGAGUACCUCCACUACCAGGGCAUCAUCCACCGCGACAUCAAGCCUGCGAACCUGCUAUGGACCGAAGACCACUCCACGGUCAAGAUUUCGGAUUUCGGCGUCUCGCACGUCUCGGAGGCUUUGCUCCGUUGCUCGCCCGACGACGACCCCGUCUGCGAAGGCGACGACGAAAAGGCCCUGCGCAAGACGGCAGGCAGUCCAGCGUUCUUCGCUCCCGAGCUGUGCUUCCCCGUCGAAUGGCACGCCGGCGGCGCGGCCUCGAUUCGCGGGAUGGGACUGUACGCGACCCGCGACUCGAGGAUGAUGAUGGCUACGAACGCGACCUCCCGCUCGAUGGAUACGUACUUCCCCCGUGGAAUCGAGGGUGCACACCUCACUCCCUCCUCAGGCGGCGCCGCCUACUCGCCUCCGACUUCUCCCAACGGCAUUCCCCUCUCUAGCGUCACCAUCUCCGCCCCCCUCCCUCCUACUUCGCCCAAUCACCCCCGCACUCGUCCCCCAGUAGGCAAAGGCAUCGAUAUCUGGGCUCUGGGCGUAACGCUCUACUGCCUCUUGUUCGGUGACACGCCUUUCAACGCGAGGACAGAGUACGAGUUGUAUAACGUGAUCGUCAAGGAGGGGAUCAGGGUCCCCGAGCGAAUGGGAAGGGAGGGACAGUGGACGGGGGUUGGGAAGGGGUGGGACGGUGCGGGAGAUGGAGUCGAGGGGAGGGAGACGGUCGAUUUGUUGGGACGCCUGCUCGAGAAGGACCCGACCAAGCGCAUCACGCUCGAGGAAGUCAAGAAACACCCCUGGGUCCUCCGCAACCUCUCGAAUCCCGAGUCGUGGCUUCGCGCCACCGACCCAGCCAAGAUCCACCACGUCACCAUCACGGACGAAGACGUCCAGCACGCGACCCAAGAGCGUGGCCGAGUCGCCUCGAUCCCGCCUAUCCGCAACCGCCCCGGAAUCCGCCGCGCGCUUAACGCAGCGCUUGCCAAGUUCCCGGCGUUUGCGAGGAUCAAGAGUACCCGCACGUCGGCGAGUACCAACUCGGAUGAGAUGGUCAAGGGCGGUGCAGGGCGGAGGUCGAGGAGCAAGAGCAACAGUUCGGGCGGGCACGGGUUUGGCGGCGCGUGGACGGCGGAACCCUCACCUGCGCUUGCGUCGACCAGCGUCCCGUCAACGACUGUCAGUCGCCAGCCUAGUGACGGUGGAGGCGCGCCGCUCAAGUCGGGCAAGAGCAAGCAUUCGUACGAGCACGGCGUCGACCUCCGACGGAUCAUCUCGGGCAGCGGAGCCCACGAGAGCAGCUCGUCAGGCGCGCCGAGGAGUCCGAGCCCUGUCCACGGUCACCGCGGCGGAUGGGCAGCUCGUCGCAAGGUCACGCCGUCCGACUCGCCCUCGGGACCAUCGGGACCGACUUCGCCCAACCCGCUCCUUACCUCCGGCUUUCCCGAGCUCUCGCGCUCCGUCUCGACUUCGUCCAUCAUGGGCAGCGGCACGACAAGCGGCAGCCGAUCCGCCUUCUCGAACCACUUCUUCAGUCGCAAGCCUUCCGACUCGGACACGACCGGCGCCAAGUCGGCCAACUCGUCCAUCCCUUCGCCUGCAGCAAGGUCAUCUGGCUUCUCGCCCUCACCGUGGGCAGGGUCCGACACCGAAUCGAACGCGAACGGCAAGAGCGGCCGGUCCAUCUCGCGCAUGCUUGGACGGCUCAGCGGAGGAGACAAGUCGAGCGGCGCGACGAGCACGACUGGCAGCAUCCGCUCUCGCAGCGAUGCUCGCGAGCGCGAGUCGAGUCGCCAGCUCAGCGGGUCGACCGAGGACAGCUUCGAUGCCGGUAUCGCGCCUGGCCUCGUCGAGCGCCUCGAGGCGGCUGGUACGACUCGCGACCAGUACGACGCGCUCGGACGGCUCGUCGUCGGCCGCAAGGGCAGUGCUGGAAGCACCAGCACGCACAGUCGUCGCCGAGCAUCCAUCGCGUCAGGCAGGUCCGCCGCUCGCGCUGAACUCGACGCGACCGACGGCGAGAUCGACCUAACCGAAUUCGAAUAUUCGGACUCGGACGAUUACGACGACGACGAUGACGACCUCGACGACUUCAUGCGGCCGCCCAUCGCGCAUGCGGACCACUUCUCGGGAUGGAAGCAGGACUUUGGCGACUUCAAGUUCGGCGUCCGCUCGCCCUCCGACGACGCCAAUGUCGGCCGAAGCGUCGUCGAGGACUACGCUCUCUCACCGGCCGGUACACCGCCGACGGACGAGCUCGACGCGCUCGAGGAGGAGGACGGCAAGAUCGGUACCGAGUCGACUCCUUCGGCAGCUGCAGCGAGUCGACCUCACGUCAGCCCCUUGCGCGACUUCCACGUUCCCUACGCCGACGCAGUCUCCUUCCAGCUCUGCCCGCUCGACAUCGAGGAGUACAUGGCCACGCCUCGCGGCUCUGUACCCGUUUCGACGCCGAGCGGUGCCACCGCCACCUCUGCCACCUCUCCCACUCCUCUCGCCAUCCCACCAGCCAUGCAGCCCGUUGACUGCCCACCUCGUAUCGACACCGGCCGCGCGCACUCGCCUCGCGACGGGUCCAUACGCGGCGUCUCGCUCGACCCGCCCAGCCCGCGCAAGGCUCACCAGCCGGCGCUCGGUCAGUGGGACGACGAAGACUGCGAUGGGGAGGAGGAGGAAAUCCUCGUCGUGCCUCGGCGGAGACGGGCGGCGACUCUGAGCGGCAACCCUCCGACUUCGCCUCGUUGA